AUGGCUCCUCAGCAGGCCCCCAUCCGCACGGCCGCGGGCACCCACCUUCCGCGCCUCGUCUACGGCACCGCCUGGAAGAAGGACGCCACGGCCGACCUCGUAUACGCAGCCGUGCGUGCCGGAUUCCGGGCCAUCGACACGGCCGCCCAGCCGCGCCACUACCGCGAGGACCUCGUGGCCGCCGGCCUGCAGCGCGCCCUCGACGACGGCCUGGUCGCCCGCCGCGCCGACCUCUACGUCCAGACCAAGUUCACCUCACUCGCCGGUCAGGACGUCGACGGGCCGCUGCCCUACGACCCAGCCGCCCCGCUGGCCGAGCAGGUGCGCCAGUCGGUCGAGUCGUCGCUGCGCCACUUUCGCCUUGCCGGCCGGAGCGCAGUCGCGCCCGGCGAGCAGCCCGACGAGCAGCCCUACCUCGACUGCGUCCUGCUACACUCGCCCUUCCGCUCGCGCGAGGCUACGCGCGAGGCCUGGCGCGCCCUGCUGGCGUUUGUGCCGGCCCGCGUGCGCAGCCUCGGCAUCAGCAACACGUCACUGGCUGACCUGAAGGCCCUCAUCGAGGUGGCCCGGGAGGUGGCCCGGGAAGAAGGAAGAAACGAGUCCGCUCCUAUCGUCCCGGUCGUCGUCCAGAACCGACUCCAUCGCGGCCAGGCCGACCACGACGUCGCCCUGCGUCGUUUCUGCGGGUCCUCUGGGUCCUCUGGGUCCCCCAUCGUCUAUCAGUCCUUCUGGACCCUCACCGCCAACAAGGAACUGCUCUACCAACAUCCCGACGCCUGCGGCAUCGCUGCCGUGGCCACCGGCGCCGAGGUCUCGCCCGAGAUCGCCCUCUACGCCCUCGUCACGCUCGGCCUCGGCGGCAGCAGCGCCGGCCGCCCCGAUGGACCAGACGCACCGCACGCCCUCUGUCCGGUCGUCGUCCUCGACGGCACCACCUCGCCCGAUCACAUGGCUGCCGACCUGGCCGGCCUCGCCCGCGUCGAGGCUUGGGCCACACAGGGCGGCAGCGAUGCCGCGGCCGCCUGGCUGAACGCCGUCGCUGACUUUCGGUGGGCCAUCGAUGAGAAAUAA